AUGUCCAUGGGACUUGUUGGCCAAGACGAGGACGACGAUGACGUCCGCAAGAUCGUCCACGCCGUGGCUUUGACCAUCGGCGAACUGGGCUGGCUCGGACCAGCUGCAGCAGUGCCCCCAAUCCCCGGCUACGAGAUGUCCGGCACCGUAGUCGAAGCGCCCAAGACGUCACCCUUCCAGCCAGGCACCGAAGUCUACGCCUGCACCAGCUUUGCUCGCCAGGGAAACGCGCGCGAGUUCACCAUCGCCUUGACAGAGGAACUGGGCCAAAGGCCGGAGAACCUCUCCUGGGAGGAGGGCGGCCACGGUGCCCUUAUCGGCUCUAACGGCCUGGCAGGCUCUCUUCCUACUACUGCUCCUCCCUCCAUACCGCCGCAAGCUUCAUCGACAUGGCACCAACCGCAGCGUUCGCUGAGCAUUACAGGCUGUGGCGCCAAUGCUACCAAGCGCGUGCUCAUCACCGCUGCGGCCGGUGGUGUCGGCCUCUGGGCCGUCCAGCUGGCCCGGCUGGCUGGUGUCGGUCACAUCACGGCCACUUGCGGGGAGGGAAACGUGGGCUUUGUCCGCAGCCUGGGGGCCCACCGCGUGGUGGACUAUGCGGCAAACAGAAACAACAGCAGAGACAAGUACGACCUUGUGCUUGACUGCGUCGGCGGCGAUGUCCUGCGCUAUGCCUGGACUCGUGCACGCCACGGCGGCAUCGUCAUCAGCGUGGCGGCUCCAGCCGACCAGUUCAGGCCCGAAUCGGGCGUCGGGAUGGAUGUUCGCAGUGCUUGGUUCAAUGUCGAGGCCAACAGCCGACAGUUGCAGGCCAUCACGGAUCUGAUCGAAGCAGAGAUGGCUAGGGCCGCCUUCGACUCUGCUUUCCCGUUGGCUCAGCACGAGGAGGCCUUUGGAAAUGCCUAUAGUGGACAUCUACGCGGCAAAGUGGUCUUGCGAUUGGCAUGA